AUGGAAUUAGAAGGCUCUCUAAACGCGGAGACGGCUUCUUACGUAUACCUCGGGCGCUCGAUGAACAUGGAGAACAAUCUCAAAGAAGGAACAGACAGGAGGCUAACAGCUCGCCUUCGGGUUCCUGAAGGAAGCCACAGUCCAACUGUCGGACCCAGAGCUCCAAGCCCACUUGUUCGAUUCAACUGUUCCCCCUGCUUUGCUACGCAGCAGAGACGUGGCCUGACACUGUGGCUACGUCAAAGGCUCUCCGAACAACCCACAGAGCCCUGGAACGACGUCUUCUGA